AUGACCUUUCAGAUAACUAGUUUUCUUUAUAUUAUUGCUCUUUGGUUUCCGUGGGUUGAGAGCCAGUUUCCGAAAGCCUGUGUGAACCUCGAGAGCUUGAGGGACAAGACGUGUUGCCCUACACCAAACGGCUUCAAAGCACCAUGUGGUACAGACGGAGACCGUGGUGAAUGCCAGGAUUUGAUCGUUCGCCGGUGGAACAAAGCGUACAGCCAUUACCAAGAAUUCCAUAAAGGGGACGACCGCCAUAACUGGCCCAAUGCGCUUUUCAACAGAAGUUGCAAGUGCAAGUCAAAUUUUGCCGGCUACGAUUGUAGCAAGUGUAAAUACGGUUACCAUGGUGACGACUGCAACCAGAAAAGACUCCUGAAGCGUAGAAACUUCGCCAAGCUGACAAACGACGAGAAACAUCGUUAUAUGAGUUACAUCAAUAAGACAAGGUAAGAUUUAACAAGCGCGCCCAGGCGUUCGAAAGGAACUGGAACGGGGCGUCAGGGUGGGCAAGGAAGAAAGGAAGUUUCCUUUUUCCCUCUUGCGCGCGUGGACUGUGAGCUGUCUCUCAUUUUCUUUUCAAAUUAAAGAAGAAGAAGAAUUCAAACACCAGAAAGCGCAGAAACAUUUUCCGAGGUGGAGGUGAGAAUCGAUUUCUCGACCCUCCGAGUUCUAGUUCGGACGGUGUAACCACUGAGCUACUGGAAUUCUACUAGCGAGCAGGGUCGGAAUUUCAAUACAAGUACACCAGACUUUUAGGAUUGCAUCGGGGACUGAAGUUACUCUAAGUGUAACCAUGCACGCAAGCGGCGAGGAUAAACGAGGGAAGGAAAAAUUUUCUCGUCUCGUCCUAAUCCAUUACUGAUACGUCGUUGUUGGCAAUUGCACUGGCUGGGAUAAGAACUAAACGAAUUUUCAGAAACAUGGGCGGACUGUAAGCAGUCUGUCGCGCGCCCUAUAAUUAUCGAAUAGGACGCCUUUAGGGAAUUUGUCACACUAUUUGCUAUCUUUUUAGAAAGCUGUAACCUUUCUUCGCAGUAAUAUUUUAAGUCCAAAAAUUAUGCUCCGGGUUUGUUAUUUAAUUUCCUGUAUUCUUUUGCUUUGAAUGGUAAGGAUGGGCGUGAAGGAUUAAAACUUGAAAUUUUUCAAGAUUUUUCAGUGUAAUGUUAUGCCUGCAAAAAUCACAAAACAAUUAUCACUGACGGUUAGUGCUCUCUGAUGAAAGAAAUUUGUACUCCAUGUAGUAUCGAUCGAUACAAUCGACAAUUAAAUCGAUUGGUCUAGUAUCGACCGAUUGUCGGUCGAGUGUCGACUGAUACUCUACCGACAGUCAGCCGAUUGAUCGAACGAGUAUCGCGCGAGACCACGUUAUUGGUCGAUGUGUUGUAGGUGGAGUGUCGACAGAGCAUCGGUCUCCAACAAUUUCGGUUUGUUUUCAGGUAUGUGGACAGUGAUUAUGUUGUGAGCAGGAGUUCCUACCAAGAAAUACAAGAUAGAACCGUUGCCGGCCAGGAUCCAACAAGUUUGUUUCACAAUGUCACGGUCUUUGAUUUAUUUGUGUGGGUGCACUACUAUGCAGCGCGUGGACCAGUUCACGCUGAUAAUCUCACGGGCACAGUCAUGGACUUUGCGCAUGAGGGGCAAGGCUUUCUUACAUGGCAUCGGUUAUACCUGCUGGCGAUAGAGAGAACAAUUCAAGAAGUGACUGAAGACGAGGAAUUUACCAUACCAUACUGGGAUUGGACCGUUAAUGAAGACAAGUGCGAAAUUUGCACUGAAGACCUGCUUGGAGUGACGGAAGGAGACGGCACUGUGAAGGGGAAAUAUUUCAACGACUGGAGCACAAUAUGUACUUAUGAAGACACGCUCAUGACUCAAAUGUGUGACCCUGCGACUAAAAAUCCUGUUUUAGAGCGUUUGAAAGAGAGCGACAAAAAGAAGAUGAAAGAAAACGGAUACCACAUGACUUUUCCGUCCAAAAAGGAUGUAAACUUUGCUCUUCGUUUUGACACGUUCGAUCUUCCACCCUACAGCGCAGAUUCAAGCUGCAAUUUUAGAAACCUCCUUGGGGGUUUCAUCAACACUACUACGGGUUAUCGACUGCCAAAUGUUCAUUCUCUUCAUAAUCGAGUGCACUUGGUGAUUGGAGGUGCAAUGAGUAGCUCUCUAUCAGCGUCUAAUGACCCCAUCUUCUUUCUUCACCACUCUUCUGUUGAUCGGGUUUUAGAGAAGUGGCUUCGUAAGUACAACAAGAAUGCUUCUGUUCUUUCGUCAUACGACGCUCCCCUUGGCCACAACAGAGGUGAUCUCAUUGUGCCACUCUUUCCUGUGUUCACUCAUGAAAACAUUUUCAAGAAGUCGUUUGAGUUUGGUUACGACUAUGAGGAUGUUGACGAAGAGGGUAUGUGUUUCCAUAUUCCGUUUUCCUGACUUGCAAUUGAUGAAUAUAAUGUCCUACUCUAUGAAUAAGACCCUGUUUACAUGGAGUAGGGGACCCCGGUCUAGUGGGGUAGGUUUCUUUUCUUUUGUGUCCCCUAGAGCGUGAAAACAAAAGAAACCAACCCCACUAGACCGGGGUCCCCCACUCCAUGUAAACAGGCCCUAAGAAUCCUGCAAUAGCACACGUAAACUCACAAGAGAUAUCCUCGCCGGCUCUUGAGACUUUAAUUAAACGAGCCAACUGCUAGAACUAACCAUAGAUACUGUCCAAAAGACUUUACAGAAAUGUACCUUAAAAUCUCAUCUUUAUACAGUAAACACCCGCAUAUAAGAACAAAUGGAUUAAGAACAACAGGCUGAAAUUUGGCCCAUAAAGCACCUGAUAAAUAUAAGAACCAGUUCAGCCUUGCAAAUAAAACCUGUUCUUAUAUAAUGAGGGGGAGGGUGUUGGAACAAGAAAGCAAUGUAACUAUAAUGGCUGCUACUAGAAAAUUACACAACUACAACAGUUACCCGGGUGUCUUUAGGAUUUUAUGCUCCAGAGGAUCAUGUAAUGCUGCAGCUCGUGGUUCGCAACUGUUUGCAAAAAAUUUCCAUUUUGAGUUCUUGUUCUCUUUUUUUUUCACUGCCGUUCAUUUUUCACCUUGCUGGCUGCUAGCAUUUCUCAUUUUCUCACUGCCAUUACAAAAUUUUCAUCCUUCUUCCAGCGAAAUUCGUCUCCUUUGCUUUAUUUCUCGCGCCAUUGCUCUUUCUCUGUUAUCCAUGUCAGUGUAGACAUCAAAAUUUGGUCGAAAAAAAGACUCGCCUUGUUGUUGCUUUUUCUUUCUAAAUGUCCAAGUGGCCAUGCGAUUUGCCACCAAAACGAGCGGGUGCUUGAAUGCGAAAUCUCACUCCGGCUUACAUGUAGGGGUGUACGGACGGGCGAGAGUCACGUGAUUGCCAAAAUUUCUCGUAUUUUUAGGUUGCCAGUUUUUCUCACCCAUGAUGCUUCGCUGCGCGCGCUUCCUGAGAGAUCCACUAUGCGAAUAUAAUACGCCAAAAUAACUUUUGUUUGAUGAUAAUUUUGAACCUCAAAAAUAACAUAUAGCAAGGAAUGCCGCCAAAAAGUGCUGAUCAUUAGACUUGUUUAAGUUGUCAAAAAUCAGGAUCUGCUCUAAACUCGUAAGCUAGAACAACUUGCAUUACUUUGAACACAUUACUAAUAACAAUGAAUUGAUUAUUAUUUUUUAAGGGAACUCGCCUGAUGACGAGGAAUCUUCGUUGUCUUCUUUGGGUCUUUGUCCAGUGGUCAGAAAUAAGGAACCAGAUGACACUGUGGAAAAAUGCACGACCUGCGUUAUCAUCGCAAGCAUUCUCGGCGGCAUCAUCUUUUUUCUUUUAAUUUCUCUUUCAACUAUCGCUUAUCGUCAUUUUCACAAACCGCUGGCUGUGCAGCCUUUGUCUUANGAACAACUUGCAUUACUUUGAACACAUUACUAAUAACAAUGAAUUGAUUAUUAUUUUUUAAGGGAACUCGCCUGAUGACGAGGAAUCUUCGUUGUCUUCUUUGGGUCUUUGUCCAGUGGUCAGAAAUAAGGAACCAGAUGACACUGUGGAAAAAUGCACGACCUGCGUUAUCAUCGCAAGCAUUCUCGGCGGCAUCAUCUUUUUUCUUUUAAUUUCUCUUUCAACUAUCGCUUAUCGUCAUUUUCACAAACCGCUGGCUGUGCAGCCUUUGUCUUAA